AGCGGCACGAGCGGCGACCCCCCACCCACCCGGAUUUCACGAGUGACGUCGUCACGGAGCUCACGGAGGAGGUCCGGUCGCCACCCGGCGCUCUCAGCGCUCACAGAAAGUCACACCAAGUCACCUGCCAGCGAAGCGACACCCGAACAGAACUCUAAUGGACAGCUUUGGGGUGGCCAGGCCAAGAUGGGCGAUGCUGGCACUCCUGGGACUGCUGUGUGUCUCACCAUUCUCAUGCCAUGAGCACGUCGACCCCCUGGCCCUGGAGAGACCGGACCCCCAGUGCUGGGAGUCAUCCUCAACUAUUCUGCUGGAGAUGAGGAAGCCCCAAAUCUCGGACAGUGUCUCGGGCUUCUGGGACCUCAUGAUCUUCCUCAAGACCUCAGACAAUCUGAAGCAUGGGGCCUUGUUCUGGAACCUAGCGCAGGUCUUCUGGGACAUCUACGUGGACUGCGUACUGUCCAGGACUCAUGGCUUGGGUCGCCGGCAACUGACUGCUGGGGACCGUGAGAUCACAGCCCUCCACUCCCUGGUUACCGAUGAAUCUUACAUCCGUGGCCACAGGAAGGACUUCGGUAAGGAGAAGCAGUACACGCGAGACCUGAUUGGAAUCCACGUCCACCAAAGUGGACCGGGCGGACCACCCCCCCUGGACCAGGCACUGUCCUUCAGGAGGCCCCGCUCCCGUGUCUGACCACUAAUAAAGUCUUGG